AAACCAUUCCACCCCCAACGCACUUCCACCAACUCCACCCCAACAAAUCCCUUACUUAUCAAAUCCCACCUCUAAUUCUAAUCCCUCUCUCCUUUCUUACUUCGCCUCUCCGCAACAUUUUCCUCCGCCGCUUCCAUUUCCAUUUUCCAGGAUUCUGGUGGACUGCAGUCACCGGCGGAUUUAGAUUUCAAUAUGAUUAUCACUGUGAAACAAUCGACGAUGGUGCGGCCGGCCGGUGAGACGCCGAUUGGCAGCCUGUGGAAUGCGAAUGUCGACCUGGUGGUGCCGAGGUUCCACACCCCGAGUGUUUACUUCUACAGGCCGACCGGAGCACCCAACUUCUUCGAUCCGCAGGUCCUUAAGGAGGCCCUCAGCAAGGCGCUGGUGUCGUUCUACCCGAUGGCGGGACGGUUAAAGAGGGACGAGGAUGGUAGAAUCGAGAUUGAUUGUAAUGCUGAGGGUGUUCUUUUCGUUGAGGCCGAGACUGGUACUGUUGUUGAUGAUUUUGGUGAUUUUGCGCCCACUUUGGAGCUCAAAAAGCUUGUCCCCACCGUGGAUUAUUCCGGGGGAAUGGGUUCGUUUCCCCUCUUAGUGUUGCAGGUCACAUACUUCAAAUGUGGUGGAGUAUCACUAGGUGUCGGCAUGCAACACCAUGUGGCAGAUGGAUUUUCUGGCCUCCACUUUGUGAAUGCAUGGUCAGAUAUGGCUCGUGGUCUUGAUCUCACCAUUCCACCAUUCAUUGACCGGACUCUUCUCCGUGCUCGGGACCCACCUCAACCUGCAUUCCACCACGUCGAGUACCAACCUCCUCCUGCCAUGAGAACCCCUGUUCCACCUGCAGGCCCCGAAAACACCAUGGUCUCCAUCUUCAAAUUGACUCGAGAUCAGCUCAACAUUCUAAAGGCCAAGUCCAAGGAAGGCGGAAACACUGUUACAUAUAGCUCAUAUGAGAUGUUGGCAGGGCAUGUUUGGAGAUCUGUGUGCAAGGCACGUGGGCUUGAGGAUGAUCAAGAGAGCAAACUGUACAUUGCCACUGAUGGGAGGUCAAGAUUGCAACCCCAACUUCCACCUGGCUACUUUGGCAAUGUGAUCUUUACAGCUACCCCACUUGCAGUGGCAGGUGAUCUACACUCCAAGCCAACAUGGUAUGGUGCCAGCCGAAUCCAUGAUGCAUUGGCUCGGAUGGAUAAUGAUUAUUUAAGGUCAGCCCUGGAUUACCUAGAGCUUCAGCCAGAUUUAUCAGCCCUUGUUCGUGGGGCACACACUUUUAGGUGUCCAAACCUAGGGAUUACUAGCUGGGUUAGAUUGCCGAUCCAUGAUGCAGAUUUUGGUUGGGGGCGUCCCAUAUUUAUGGGUCCUGGUGGCAUCCCUUAUGAAGGUCUAUCUUUCGUAUUACCAAGUCCAACCAAUGAUGGAAGCCUAUCAGUCGCCAUUGCACUACAAACCGAACACAUGAAACUCUUUGAGAAGAUUUUCUAUGACAUCUAAAUACUGGAAGGAACUACACAGGAAGUCACCAGGUCCGAGCCGGUCAAUUGCAGAAGUUCUAGUAAUCUCUAAUUGAUGGAUGAAUAUGUUUUUUUUGUUUUCUUCCCAAUUUUUUUAUUUGCAGACAUUCUGGUGGAAAUCCACGUGUUAAUUUAAAACGCACAUCAAAUUUGAACUUCUAUAUGACAUGCUAUGUUCUCCAGCACAUAGUCGACUUUGUAGAAUAGUGUGAAAAUAGGUGAAGUAGACAUUGGGUUUUGAACUCAAGAUUUGAUAAACACUAUUAGUAGACAAUCCUCGUACAAUUAUGCUCCUAGUUAGCAAAUACAGUGUAUUUUGCAGCAUUAACAACAUAUCUGGACAAAACCAAACUACUUAGCCAUGAGCUUAAGAUCAAGAGUCUUGUGUUCUUUGUUUUAUCUUUUCAAUUCUUUUUCA